GGAUGAAUUCCUCGGACACGUUUCGACUUCGGCUUAAUCCUUCUGCAGAUUCUUUCCUAUUUUCAUUUUCUCGGUAACUGCUUGUUGAUCGAUAUAAUAACGCUCCUUAAUUCAUCGAUGAAUUAAGUUAUACGUUUGAAAUGAAAGAAUGUAGACAGCCGGUAAGAUCCAUAAAAGGAUAAAUACAACGUAGCUUUAGAAUGAGAAUAUCAUCUAUUUUGGGAACCCACUUUUCAAUCAGUAUACAUAUUUUUGUACAGUUAUUUAUCCAGUAAUUUUUCAUUCACAGUAUCGAUAUUAUUUGUAGCUUAAAAUCUAAGUAUUUAACGACGAGAUAUCAACUAAAGAGGCUGUAGUUUAUUUUCUACGUAUACAUAAUAAUAAUAAUUGAGUAUUAGUAAAUUAAUUUUAAAGAACGUAUUAAUACGUUGACAACGAAGAUAAAGGCCAUAUUAGUAAGUUUAUGUAAUUGUUUUUAUUUUGAACAGAGAUGUUAUACAAGCUAAUUUUAAGAAACGCGUCAAUAUAUUAAUUGUAUACUAGGAAUAGAAUAUAAUUUCAGACAUAAUUAUUUUUAUGUCGAUCAACAAAGCGUCAAUACUUCUAAGCUCUAAUUAUAAAUUGUAGUUUUCUACAAAACUAGUCAAAAUUAGUCAAAUUUAUACACUCUUCCUUCUUAUUCUUUUAGGCUUUCUUCCUUUCAUUUGAAACACCAAAGAGUAAUAACUAGGGUCCUUUGAACGCUUUCUUUUCAUACGCUUUCUUCAUUUUAAAAAAGUGUAUGAAAAACAAGCAUAUGUGAAUUACAAUACGCGUGAUGUAUAUUAAGACGAUAAUUAGAAAUAAUUGAAAUUCUUUUAACACGUUGACUGCCAUGGGGAUCGUCGCUGAUCGGUGUUGCACUUUUAAUUUGAAAAGAAGAAAGUUGUGUAAGAACGAACAUUCUAAAUAUCAUAAACCAUAAUUGAAUGCUUUUACUAUGGCAAUCAAUGCGUUAAAUCAGUUUAUGUUGAGUUUAGUGGUUGUUUAGUGUGAUUGAUAGGAAACCACUGAAAAUUAGAACGCUCUUUCAAGAUGUACGAGCAGACUGUAAUUUAUUACCCUCGAGAUUUGUAGACGUUUUGGAGCUAUGGGACUAAUUUAUCAAGCGAUGGAUGCUGGAAACGAUCAAUCUCUAUGUCCUAUAAUUGUGUGUCAUUUCGUUUUAUUCGUGUUACCGAUAGAGGUGUGGCAGUAAUACGAAAUACCCAUUAUUAUAUUUUAAACUUUAACAAAAUUCAUAUGAAAAUACUAAAGACAAUCAAAUCUUUUAAUCCUUGGAAAACGGAUAAAUGCUCGGAGACUGACGCGGUGAACGAAUGAUACGUUAUUAUAUGCAGAUUUGAAAGUAGAAUUAUAUACAAAAUUAAAAAUAUAUUUUCACGUUAUAUUUAAGAAGAUUUGAUACAGAGAACAGUUUUAUUUUUUACUUAAGCUUUACAAUAUAAAUUUUCUACAUUUUUCAGGGUUUUAUCCCUGUAGCUGAGUCAAAAUGAUUCUGCAUCUGUCGUGCAAGGAUUAAGUUGAUUUUUUCAAUUUAUCUCAUAAUGAUACACGUUUGAUAUAAUUCAAAUAGGUGAAUAUUUCUGGCAGCCAUCGUAAGUUAUUAGUUCUUUCGCUUACCAAACAAUAUUCUGUAUGCAUUUCGAGGAAUACUACGAUAAGAUACAACGGUAAAUGAAUAAAUCUGUAGACAUCGGCCUAUAACGUACGAAUUAAUGAAUUUGGGUAUGAAGAAAACCGAUCUGCGAAUCGGAAGUGAAUCAACUACCCGUUUAAGAGCAACCACAUUACGGAGCUUGAUAGUACUCGAUUUUAUGUAAGCUCGUAAACAUAUAGCGGCUGAUAAGUAUAGGAUCAGUUUAUAAUAUAAAAUUAUUUCUUUCUUUAUUGGCUUUUCAUGUGCAAUAGGCAGAUGCAAUAGGUGGAUGAAUCAUUUUUAAUAAUCAGGGAUCAAGAAAAUGAAACUAUAGAUACUUGGAAGAAUUUUACAUCUUUGUUGAAAACUGAUCCUAUAUUUUUAGCUGAUGAUGUAAUAUUCAUAUCAUCAUAUCCUUUGUCAUAUUCUAGUCGAAGCUUAGUCAUAUCCUGUUCAUAAUCAUGUUGCUUCACCUCCUAUGGGUCAAGUAAAUAUCACAUCUUUUGUACUUUAACGACAAGAAACUGUACGAGUUGUUCGUCAAGUUUAUGGAUACUUUCAGUAAUAUAUAUUAUAUAUUAAAAAUGAUAAAGAAAAUGUAUACGAAUUUCAUGAGGUAUACGAUUAUUGUAGUAGUCUAAAACCAUACAAAAUUAAUUUACUGUGUAUGGAUUGCAAAUUCAAAUUAUACUCCAUCAUUUUGCAAUGAAGAUGAUAUUAUUUAAGAUAUUUGCUAAGGAUGAAAUUAAAUUUGUUUUAUUAGGGUCGAGUAAGUAAGAAGAAGUUCGUAACAUUAGAUGAGAUUUUGAACUUUGUUUUUAAUGUCACGAUUAGACACCAAUCGCGCCACGUGUUCUUCAGUUGCAGACUACCUAACCUUUAAAUGUAUUUGAUUAAAAUUUGAGAUGACUGAAAAUUUAUUACAAAAUAGACAAAUGGGGAAGAUGAUUCAGUGACAACAAUGCUUUAACAAUGUUGGGUGCAAUGCGGGCUUCCUUUCAUUGAGAGUAAGCAUAAGGAAAGGAACCAUCUACUGUUUGCCUUCAAUCUUGAGAAUACCAAGGAAAAAAUAAGAAAAGCUAAACAAGGUGGAUGGUGGAAAGUUUCUACACUUCCUUUUAACUAAAGGAAGCCUAAAUUGCAUGUAACGAUACAUUGCAGCGUUCAAUGACACGAAGCAUGAUUUUGAGAAAAAAUUUAGUUGUUGGUUGUAUACCUUUUGUUACCUUGAAAAAUUAUGAUUAUACUUACACGACGACGAGUUAAUUGUUUAUAGUUAAAUGCAUAGUUAGGUAGAGAUCUAAUGUGAUAAAGGUAACUUUGUCUAAAAGUUUUACAAUACAUAAGGAAACGAAAUACGAUCCUAUUGCAAGAUUACUGUAAACUUGUACGAACGCUUAUUUGAUUAGGAAAUAUACAAUGGAGGUAAUCGGACGGUGUUUAAAACGACGGUGCAACGAUUAAAUUUAUUGUCAUACAAAUUAAUUGUGCUUUUCGUUUUCGUAUAGGAAACAGAAUCCCGGUGAAUUUAGUAAAGCUGAGACGCGAAAUUGUAAAAAAAAGAACAGAAUGAAAUGUGGGAUCAUCACGGGAUCAUCACGGGAUCACGCGGGACCAUCAUGGCAAUUCAUCUUUUCUUUACGUUUACAUUUGCGUAUUUGAUCUCGUACGUCUUCCAGUCAUCCCACACAUUGUUGUGUCUGUCUUGUACCCGUGGGAUCUCUUGUCUUCUUAAAAAGGGUUGUAUGUUAAAUAAAGAAAAACCUUACGAUACCCUUAGUUUCUCUUAUUCUUGCAUAUUUUAGGCUGAGAAGGAAAUUUAAUCCUCAAAGUAUAAUAUCUAAGAAUUAUGUGAAAUAGUCCAGCAAUUAAUUUUUAUCUUAUCAAAUAUGAAUCCUACUCAGUAUCUACGAUAAUACAAUCUGGAACUACCUUGACACUGUUAUUGUAUUAUCCAUAUCAACAGCUGGCGGAUAAUGUUGAUAAAUUUUAAUGUAAUAGUGAUACGGAAGUUCCGUUUGUAACUAAUGUUGCCAGUUAUGAUAAAUAUCUUAUGCAUUAGAAUCGUGCCAAUUCUUCCGGUGAAGUAUAGGAAACGGGUAACCAUUAUGCACAGAAAUGAUUUAUUUGAAAAUGAUUUAUUUCAGAGCUAUCUGUUGAACAGUGCAAAUCAGGGGAGCCAUGGAAGUCGUGGAAAUGAAAGUUAUGGAAGCAAAACCAUUCGCUAACUUAAAAGAGCUCUAUGAUAAUUUGGGUAACUUGAAACGGUGGCCACGAAUCAAAGAACUGAGAGAAUCAACUGAUUACGUCUAUCAAGGCUCUGAAAUAAGUGGUGAAACGUUAAAUCUGACAAAAGUGGACAGACAGGAACAACCAAGAACUUUACUGUGUCAUGAUAUGAAAGGUGGUUACCUCGAAGACAGAUUUAUAGAUGGGUCGAAUUCUUACAAUUCUUAUCUAUUUUAUCACUGGAGCGGUAUAGAUACAUUUGUAUACUUUAGUCAUUAUUUUAUAACUAUACCACCAUUUGGAUGGAUUAAUGCAGCACACGAGCACGGUGUCAGAGUUCUUGGUACUGUGAUUACCGAAAGAGAAGGUAUUUGGGAUGUAAUACUUGAGUCACAAGAGGAAGCAAAAAAGUUUGCAGACGCUCUCGUUCUCGUUGCAAGGUUUUAUAAGUUUGAUGGCUGGUUGUUGAAUGUUGAAAAUGCAAUUAAAAACGAACAGAUUAAUAAUCUUAUUUAUUUCGUGAAAUACCUAACAGAAAAUAUUCAUGAUGCUGUGAAAGAUUCUGAAAUUAUUUGGUAUGACAGUGUAACCAAUGAAGGAAAAUUAAGCUGGCAGAAUGAACUUAACGAUCAAAAUAUCGAAUUCUUCUUAAAUUGUGACGGCAUUUAUCUGAAUUACAAUUGGACCAAGUCUAAGUUGCAAAAUAGUUACACACUUGCAAAGAAUCAUAAGAGAAGUGUGAAAAAUAUUUAUGUGGGUUUGGAUGUUUGGGGUAGAGGCUGUCCUGGUGGUGGAGGUUUUAACUCGGCAUAUGCUUUAGAAAAGAUACGACAAGAGGGACUUUCGGUUGCCAUAUUUGGCCAAGGUUGGACUCACGAAUUUUUUGGACCCAAAACAUUUCUAGAAUUAGAAAAUUUAUUUUGGGCACAAUUAUUUCCUUAUUUGUACGUCCAUGUACCCAUUUACGAGGAUGAAGUAUUUAAAUCGUCAUUCUGUCAUGGAAGAGGAAGCUCGUAUUACCGUUGCGGUGAGAUACAAAUGUACCGGCGUCUCGUAGAAGACAAAUUAAAUACAUUAGAAGAAAAACCGUUCUAUAACUUGUCUCUACAAAAGCCUCAGAUUUCUGUACCUAUGCCGAAUUUGAAAUUCACACUAUUUCCUCAACCUGAGGAAGCAAAAAGUGAAGAUGAUAGAAACGAAUGUGCAAGAAAGAAAUCUGUAGAAUACAUAUACGAAACGAAAAAUAAUAUUAUCCGAAUAUUUGAGAAGAACGUAGACAUCCAAACUAAAACACCUGUACCAGAUAUAAAUUGCUUUGAAUUUUGUAAUGAAUUUUCUUUUGAGGGAGGUGGUUGCCUAAAGUUAAUUACAAAUAAUUCUGGAUUGUAUCACAGAUUAUUUUUGGUCCACGUCGAAUUUGAACAAGAUAUCGAAGCAACAAUUGUAUAUAAAGACAUGGAAUCAUCAACAGGAAGUAGGGUUCGUAACAAACCGAUACUAGUUUUGGGAAACGAUACUGGCUUAAGAUCUAUUGUAUGUUAUAAAUCGGAGAACCUAAACUCUAGUUGGAAAAAAUGUAUCUAUGAUACAAACAUGAGGACGGUAAAUGAGAUUGGUGUAUCCUUCGCACGGAAGAACGUCUGCUACCUGGGAGAAAUUAUUCUGGAGGAAAAACAACGCCGUUUGAACGAUUAUUAUUCAGAAGAAAUCGCUGAAAACUAAUCUUAAAUCUUCCAUAAAAAUCAUCCACUAAUUUUAAUAAACUGAAACCUUUGAUAAGUGCGUCGUAUAAUCGAUAAAAGGAAUAGCAAGCAGAUUGGAAAAAGUGAAUUUUGACGUAAAAAUUUUGAAGUAGAUAAUAGCUUCGCAGUGGCUUAGAAGAUUAAUGAAACAGAAGAGGAUCGCGUUUAAGUAACAUUCAUGAUAUACAAAACGUCGUUGGAUCGAGAAGGAAGAGGGGUGUGUACAGUGUGAUGUAUGAAAACGUAAUAGAUCAUUGAAUAAAGAAGCAUG